AUGCAUAUCCUGUACAGUAUCAUUGGACUUUCAUGUGGCCUUCGUGCCUACGCCCUCAUGAUAGGCCCAUCGGCUAAUUUGAUCAUUGGAAACAAAGCCAUCGCUCCCGAUGGAUACAAACGCUCUGCUGUUUUGGCUGGUGCAUCUUUCAAUACGUUAUCCUUUCCCGGACCUGUGAUCAGGGCAACAAAGGGUGACACGCUGCAAAUAAACGUCGUAGAUCAGUUGACCGAUUCCACCAUGUUAAUGGGUACAAGCAUCCACUGGCAUGGGUUCUACCAGAAAGGGACUAGUUGGGCAGACGGCGUUGUGGGUGUAACUCAGUGCCCUAUUGCUCCUGGUCACUCUUUCUUGUAUCAAUUUCCCACAGCCGACCAGGCUGGGACUUUCUGGUACCAUUCUCAUUAUUCUACACAGUAUUGUGAUGGCCUUAGAGGUGCCUUGAUUGUGUAUGAUCCAACUGAUCCCUAUCGGACCUGUCGUUUUUACGCCCGAACUGCACAAGUUGAUAACCAUUGCAUCCUAAUUUCAGAAACGACGAUUAUUACGCUUGCAGACUGGUAUCAUCUGGCUUCUCCCCAACAGUCUCUUCCCGCUAAUAUAAACUCGGUUUUGAUCAACGGACAAGGACGCUUUCCAGGAGGACCCGAAUCUCCACUGUCAGUUAUAAAGGUGGUUCCAAACAAGCGUUACCGAUUCCGUUUAAUCUCUAUGUCCUGUGAUCCUGCAUUUACUUUCUCAAUUGACGGACAUCCGAUGACUGUUAUUGAGGCUGACUCCCAGAGCGUACAACCUCUUACGGUUAAUGAGAUUACCAUCCACGCCGGUCAAAGAUAUUCCUUCAUUCUUUAUGCCAACAAUCCCAUCGGGAACUACUGGAUUCGGUCGCACCCCAACGAUGAUGGAUUGAAAGGCUAUGCAGGAGGCAUUAACUCUGCCAUACUGCGUUACUACGGCGCACCCACUAAAGACCCAACCACGUCAAAGGCUUCCGUCUCGAAUCCUUUGAUUGAGGCAAAUCUACGACCCCUCUACAAUCCUGCUGCUCCCGGAAUUCCAUCCCCAGGAGCUGCCGACGUCAAUAUUAAUUUAGAAAUCACUUACAACAACGACACUCAGAAAUUUCUCGUCAAUAACGUUCCCUUCGCAGACGUCCCGGUUCCAGUGUUGCUUCAAAUUCUCAGUGGAGGACAGUCAGCAAUUGAUUUACUCCCAGCUGGAUCAGUAUAUACACUUCCCCCGAACAAAGUUAUAGAAAUUUCUAUGCCCGGUGGUAGCACUGGAAGCCCGCAUCCUAUGCAUUUACACGGUCACGACUUCUCGGUUGUGCGAAGCGCCGGUAGCAAACAAUACAAUUAUGUGAAUCCUGUUAGGCGCGAUGUGGUUAACCUAGGCGAAAGUAGAGCUGAAGAUAACGUCACCGUACGCUUCAAGACCGACAACUCUGGCCCUUGGAUUCUUCAUUGCCACAUUGAUUGGCAUCUUGAAGCUGGUUUGGCUGUUGUGUUCGCGGAGGAUGCUCCGUCAGUCAAGCUCAGCAAUCCCCCUCCUGCUUGGGAUCAACUUUGUCCUAUCUAUAACGCUUUACCGCCUCAAACCUUUCACUGA